AGGGAUACGGCUAACCAAAACACGAUUAGCAUAGCAUGAGCAAUAAAAAUGGUUGAGUUUAGAGUAUCAUUCUUGUAUGCCGUGUUUAUUCAUAAUCAUCAUUACGUGAUAUCCCCCAAUCCCAAAACCAUCCCAUCACACGCCUAACACACACAUCCUUCUAUCAUCACCUUUUGCCUCCUCACUUUCUCUCCAUCUUCUCAAAACCCAUAAUGACUCCAAACCCUUACAUAAUCUUCCUCUAUCUCCACCAACACCACUAUUUCACCAAAACCCUUCCCAUUCCCUAUCCCAUCACAAUGCAACCACUAGUUUCAAACCUCAACCCAAACGCCCAACCCUUCUUUCCACAAAACACUAACAACUCCCAUAACCACCAACAACAACACAAGCUUAUACCAAAACGAACUACGAAAACCUCUCGUCGUCGUGGAAAUGUUACUCAGUUUCCCAACACCAUUGAUGAAGUUCAAGCAUCACGCAUUACCACUGUAAUGAUUCGCCACAUUCCUAACCAACUCAGGUUCGGUGAUUUGUUACAUCUUCUUGACGAACAUUGCUAUGAGAUCAACAAGUCCGUUGAUGAUCCUGCUGAUUGGUCCAAGUUCGAUUUUCUAUACUUACCGAUGGAUUACAAGAAGCAUGCAAUGGAGAGAAGAAUGUCGAAUUUGGGAUAUGCGUUUGUGAACUUUACAACACCUUCUGCUGCAUUUAAGUUUUACAAACAGUUUCAAGGAUUUGAGUGGAGUGUGACAGAGAAUCGGAAGAUCUGUGAAAUUAAUGCAGCUCAUGUUCAAGGAAGAGAUAAGUUGGAGAGAAUUUUCUGUCAAAAAGUAUUCCGAAGCAAUAGCCACAAAUUCCGUCCUAUUGUAUUCUAUAAAGGGCGUGAUGGUUUCAAUCGCAGAAUGAAGGGAACCCCUUUGGGAAUACAUGUAAGAGGAUUACCUUUCACUUGAACACAUGCAGGAUGCUUCUUUCUAAGUAUUUGAUUUAGGUUUCAUCCAAGUUGUAGUAGUGCUAACUAAGAGCUUUGUUGUUUUAAAUGUGUAAAUAUAUAAUACCCAUGUUUUCAUUCUCUCCCUAGAAUUAUGCUACAAAUUAAAUCUGGGGUGAAUUGGAAACAUGGGUUUAGUAAGAAUGGAUCUGUUGAUGAUGACUUGGUUUCUAUCUUCUCGGUGCCUAUUGUUAAUUGUACUACAGUUCUUGUGGUAUUUCUUUCAAAUAUUUCGGUUGUGGUUGGUUAAUAAUAGUGCUUUGUGGUUUUGUAUUAAUAUUCAGCUGUCUGUCACUUGUGAAUAUGA